AUGCGGUCCUCCUCCGGGGAGCUCAACCCCAGGCGCGGUCGUCGGCUGACCGCCUCAGCCACCGCCGACCUCGAGGCUGGUGAGCCCGAACCCAAGCUUCAACCCCUGGAGGGCCGCGAGCUGCUCAUGAGGGUUCUGCCGUGCGUGCUCGUCGCGAGCCUCGGCGCGUUCUCCUUCGGCUACCACCUCGGCAUCGUCAACCCCGCGCUGGACAACCUCGCGAGGGACCUCGGUAUCGCCCUCAACACGCAGUUGAAAGGCCUCGUGGUUUCGACCGUGCUUGUCGGCGCCACGGUGGGUUCUUCGUACAGCGGUCGUAUCGCCGACAGCGUCGGGAGGAGGGCGGCUUUGGUUGGCACGGCGGCUCCGCUCGUCCUUGGCAGCAUUCUCUGCGGCACGGCGGCGAACGUGUGGUUCAUGCUCGUCGGCCGUCUGCUCGCCGGCUGGGGUAUCGGCGCGGCGUCCAACCUUGUGCCAAUGUACAUCGCCGAGGUGUCCCCCAAACAGCUCAGAGGCACGCUGGGUUCGCUGAAUCAGCUCAUGAUCUGCAUCGGCAUCCUCGUCGCCGUCAUCGCCGGGAUGCCCCUCGCUUCUGAUCCGAACCACUGGCACAACAUGUUCCUAUUCGCGGCGGUACCCGGGCUCCUGCAAGGCGUGUUCAUGACCGUCGUCCCGGAAUCGCCCGGGUGGCUGAGGCGUAACGGGAAGGUUGCCGAGGCAGCCGCGGCGGAGACGGCGCUGUGGGGCGCGCCGGACGUGAGCGGUGGCGACGACAAGGACGACAAGGACGAGAAGAAGGUGUCCACCGCAGAGCUUUUUGCGCCCGCUAACCGAAGGGCGGUCACGAUCGGCACGGGUCUGUUUUUCCUGCAGCAGAUGUCGGGCGUGAACGCGAUUGUUUACUUCUCCAGCGCCAUGUUUGUCGCCGCGGGGGUUGAAUCCGCAGUUGCGGCGUCAGUCGCCGUCUGCGCGACCAACGUCGUAGCGACUAUUCUGAGUGGCCAGGCUCUCGACCGGCUCGGACGCAAACCUCUACUCACGGGAUCUUUCAUCGGCAUGGGCAUCAGUUGUCUGGUCAUGAGCUACGCGAUGGCGAAUCAGGGGACUUGGGCACUAGCUGGUCCCGUCGCCGUCAUCGCCGUGAUGUCGUACAUUGCCUCGUUUGGAAUGGGAUGCGGACCUAUCCCUGGUCUGCUCUCUUCCGAAAUCUUCAACCCUCGUAUUCGCGGCGCCGGGAUGUCACUGUGCUUUACGACGCACUGGGUGUUCAACUUUGUCAUCGGUCAGGCUUUCUUGCCGGUGGUCGAGGCUGUUGGCGGUCCCGCGGUGUUUAUCGGUUUCGCUGGCGUCUGCGCUCUUUCGGUCCUCUUCGUUAAGGCUCAGGUCGUUGAGACGAAGGGCAAGUCGCUCGAUGUCAUCACAAAAGAGCUAGCGGCAGCGAAGUGA